ACAAAUUUUGAUGUAUGAAAUGAAGCACUGCAUCACUGCAAGGAACCGACAGAAACCCAAAGCACCCAUGGAUUCAGAUGGCUGAUCUGAAAUCUGAAAUCCCUAUAUGACACCAAAGUUUGAAUCUUUUUCAAUUUUCCAUAACUGGGUCUGAUUCACCACCAUUCACAAUGUCAUCGUUUCUCCACCAACGAAGCCUCACCAACCCGCUUUCGAAUCCAUUUCCAGUUUCAUCUCCUUCAACCAAUUCGAAGAAACCCAUUUCGAUUCUGGGUCCAACCACCCUCCUUGCCCUCUUGGCUCUCAUGGUGGUGCUCGGUGUGUUGUGUCCAUGGGUGGGUAUGCCCUAUGGUCUCUCCUUUACCUCAAAACCUGCAGUUUCCAAAUGGGGUCACUAUACAUUGGAACAAGCACUGUCGUUUGUGGCAAGAAAUGGGACUGUGAUUGUUUGUAUUGUGAGUCAGCCUUACUUGCCUUUUCUCAACAACUGGUUGAUAAGUAUCAGUAUGCAGAAGCGGCAGGACAUGGUUCUUGUCAUUGCUGAGGACUACUAUUCACUCUAUAAGGUGAAUGAGCUUUGGCCUGGUCAUGCUGUGCUUAUUCCUCCUGUGCUUGAGGCUGAGGAUGCCCAUAAGUUUGGUUCCAAGGGUUUCUUCAACUUUACAGCCAGGAGGCCAAGCCAUCUGCUGAAGAUUUUGGAGCAUGGAUAUAGUGUAAUGUACAAUGAUGUUGAUAUGGUUUGGUUAGCUGAUCCAUUUCCCUAUCUGGUAGGGAACCAUGAUGUGUACUUUACAGAUGAUAUGACUGAAAUUAAACCAUUGAACCACUCUCAUGAUUUACCCCCACCAGGAAAAAAGGGCCGCCCGUACAUAUGUAGUUGCAUGAUUUUCCUUCACCCCACUGAUGGAUCAAAGCUAAUUUUGAAGAAGUGGAUUGAGGAGCUUGAGCUUCAGCCGUGGUCUAGAACUAAGAAAUCUAAUGAUCAGCCUGCUUUUAACUGGGCUUUAAUGAAGAAUGCUAAAGAGGUUGAUUUGUACCUGCUUCCACAGCCAGCAUUCCCUACGGGUGGAUUAUAUUUCAAGAACAAGACAUGGGUUAAGGAAACUAAAGGGAAGCAUGUUAUAAUUCAUAACAACUACAUUGUUGGUUUUGAGAAGAAGAUAAAGCGGUUUCGUGAUUAUGGCCUCUGGCUGGUGGAUGAUCAUGCAAAAGAGUCCCCUCUAGGUACAUUAUGAUCCUUGGUAGAUAACACAAGUUCGUAGUCCACUUUGGUCCAAGAAUUUAGACUCAGAACGUGCUUUCUGUCAACAAGCUCAUCCUGCUUGUUUGGUGGAUGUUUUCUGAAGAUAUUACAACACAGUGUUGGCUGAAUGAGGGGUUGGAAAAAGUCUUUUGUUUCAAUUUUGGGAAGAAGAAAGAUGCUUACAAAUGGGUGUAUUUUACUUCAGGUCCCAGAGAAGAAAAGGGUAGAAUAUAUUUGGUUCUUGGAGUGAUACCAGAUGAAGAGAAAGAAAAUGCUCCCAUCGUAAUCAAUAUCCAAUGAGCAUAUUCAUGAAACAUAUUGUAUUUUUUGCACUACUUUUAGGGUUUCGUCUACCGUGUGUCAGUUUCAAACUGACACACGGUGCUUCAGUUUUAUAUCAUCCAUAGGAUAUAUUACUAAAUAAAUCAAGGGCUCAGAUUUACUCA